AUGCUACAAAAGAGGAGCCUCUUCACUAUAGGGGCUGGCAUUAUUGCAGUGGUGAUCGUCAUUGCUACAUUUGCCAUCUAUCGCGCUACCGUCAUGGACUUAAUUCAAUCCGUUGCUGUGGAAUUGCGUACUCAGCCCUAUAGUUUUCUUCUCUUGACACUGCUCAUCAUCAUCACCUCAGUGCCGCCCAUGAUUGGAUUCACAUUUGCCUCUACACUCACUGGCUUUAUAUAUGGUUGCCCUGGUGGUAUAUUUCCUGCUCAAAUUGGUGCUUUUGUGGGCGCCAUCGUUGCCUAUGGACUCAUCAAGAAAUACAAUUUCAAUCGAUUCAUUAAACUAUCGCCAUCUAAGCAAGAGAAAUACACAGCCAUUCAAGAAGCCAUCGAGCAGGGAGGCUUCAAGAUGAUCAUGUUGAUUCGACUCAGUCCCAUUCCUUGGCCAAUUCAGAACAUGCUCUUGUCGAUUCUACCCACCAUCUCAACACAGCAAUUUGUUUUGGCUUCAUUCUUGUCAUCCUUUAAAGUCUCAAUGGAAGUAUGGAUCGGAUCACAGCUGGCAGAUAUAUCCAACCCAAAUUUACCACCUUCCGCACACCGUGUUGCUAUGAUGGUGAUGGGCGUCAGUGUUUUUAUACUCGUCGCUGUAGCAUGGUGGCUGUAUCGAUUGACCAUGCAGAAAGUGAACGAGAUGGCGGCAGUAGGCCGUUUAGGGGAGAAAUACAAUCGAACUGGUAACGAGUUACAUGAUAUGGUCUCUGUGGUAACGCACGGCCCAUCGUCAUCCACACCAUCCUCAGGCAAUCAAAGUCCAUCGAAAAAACAAGAAUAA